UUGCACACGAUGUGGCAGACGAAUUUUUAUGACACAUGAGAAAACAAAUUUUAUUUAACCAUGGCAGUCCACGUGGAUUUUUCUGAUUCUUCUCCUGUUGAAGGACAAUUUAGCGACGUUGAAGAUGAAAAAGACUCGAACGUUGCUGAAGGUAUUCGACAACUUAAUCUUGAGACCAAUGACGAAGUGCCGCCCGUCGAUGAAAAUAACGAAGUCUAUUAUUCAGACGAUUCUGAAAUGAGCGAUGACGAUUGUUACGAUUGGCAAUAUGAUCAGGGGCCUCAAAUAAAAGUACAGGGAGCCCAACCCAACCAACAGACUAGUUCCAAUAAAGUGGUUUCUUUCCAGCCAAGAGAAAAGCUAUUCAAGAAAUAUUCCCAAAAGAUUAAUGUGGACGAGUUCAAAAUGCCUUCGUUGCCAGGUGAUGACAAGGUGCGUCUCAGAGACAAGGCAGACAGAGCUACUGCUGAGCAAGUUAUGGAUCCCCGGACAAGAAUGAUUCUGUUUAAAUUAAUGAACAGAGGAUUUAUCACUCAAAUCAAUGGUUGUAUCUCCACUGGAAAAGAAGCCAAUGUAUAUCAUGCAACAGGAAAAGAUGACACACAUUUGGCCCUCAAAAUUUAUAAAACAUCCAUUCUUGUAUUCAAAGACAGAGACAAAUACGUCACAGGCGAGUUCAGAUUUCGACAUGGUUAUUGUAAGCACAAUCCCCGUAAAAUGGUUCGAACUUGGGCUGAAAAAGAAUUGAGAAAUUUAUUGAGACUUGAAGCAGCUGGUUUACCAUGUCCCAAACCAAUUUUGCUGAGAAGUCAUGUGUUGUUGAUGACUUUCAUUGGUGAUGCUGGUUGGCCUGCCCCCCGACUAAAGGAAGUUGAGCUGAGUGAAUCGAAAGCCCGUGAGUUAUAUCGAGACACAAUCAUUUUGAUGCGGCGAAUGUUUCACGACUGCAGACUCGUUCACGCUGAUCUCAGCGAAUUCAACAUGCUGUAUCAUGAAGGAUCAUUGAUCGUAAUCGAUGUGUCUCAAUCAGUAGAACAUGACCAUCCGCAUGCUCUUGAAUUUCUUCGUAAGGAUUGCACUAAUAUUACCGACUUCUUCAAAAGAAACGGAGUUUGCGUCAUGACAGUUAAAGAACUUUUUGAUUUUGUUGUUGAUUUGACUAUCAAUGAAACCAAUAUUGAGGACUACUUGGAUAGAAUGGCAACAGUUUCUUCCGAAAGAAAUAUUCAAGGAGAGUCUACAGCGGAAGAUUUGGUGAAAGCAGAAGUCUUUAAACAGACAUAUAUUCCUCAAAGAUUAGAUGAAGUCAUGUUCUUUGAACGAGACAUUAGACAAAUUAAAGCGGGAGAGAAAAUUGAAUUGAACUACGCGAAUGUAACUGGAAUUAAACCAGACUUGUCAGGCCCAAAGCAAGUUCCAGACAUUUUGGAUAAUUCUAUUGUGGACGGAACUAGCAGCGAUGAGGCAUCUGGUGAGUCUGAUUCAGAAGAUGGUGAAAAGAAACAAUUUGUGAGCAGUGCACGACCUCGCGACGAAUCCCCCAACAGUCGAAAGGAGAGGAAAAAGGCCAUCAAGGCUGAGCAAUCAGAAAAACGGAAGCAGAAAGUAAAGAAACACGUCAAGAAAAGAAAGGAAAAACUCGCCAACACCAAAAAGUAAUUACCUUUUUUGAUAAGUGUUUGCUGAUGUAUUUUUUCGACUCAAAUAAUAUGGGAAAUUUACCAAA